GCCUUCACACCCGCAUUGCAUCUUGAUAUCGGUGGUGGUUCCUUCGUCGUUCAGGCAGCCUCAACAGGCCCCUACCAUCUAGAGUUUUGUGUUAACUGUAAUUCACGGUUCGUAAUCCGCGAAGAGGUCAUAAAUCUAAACACUCGGGUCCGGGUACAAAAAGUUCAGCUACCGGUUUGCAGUGUCGCAUGGCGAUUGUUACGUGACCGAGGAUUGAUUGCCUUAUGAAGAUCUAACAGAUUUUUUUUCCUUUGCUGCUAAGAAAAACACUCGCCAAAAAUGCACACUCACUAAUCCAGACGUGCAUAAUGGUCAGCUCUGGAGCGUAAAAUUGGCGAUUCGAGUGUAUUGUUACAUUUAUAGUUAGACGAAGGAGGAAUAUUUACCGAAAUCGGUGGGCGGCUGAUCCUGCCGUGUUGUUCGGAAUCCAUUGUUGAUUGUAAGACGUAGCUGAUUAGUAUAGCUGCUACUUCAGGUUGUCUUAUCAGGACUCGGGUGCGUUGCGAUAGCAUUAAGAAAGUGAAAUCAGUUCAGGACAAGUACACUUGGAAUAAAAGAUUAGUCAUAGGUGCAGUUCCAGUGAACGGAUAUUCGAUUGUUUCUGCUUUCUCCUAAUAAUAAGUGCAACGCAGCUGCUGCUUCCAAAACAUGGGCGUCUCGUUUAGAGAUUCCGAUUGGUUGCUUCUAAUUGCGUCUUGUCUCUUGUUGGCAUUAGGAAAUGUUGAGGGUACUGCGUAUAGCAUAGAUUUGAAAGGCCCUGGAUCAGUUGUGCUAGGUUCGACAGUCGAUUUCCAAGCUACGGUUGCCAUCGACGGAACAGUUAGCGACGAUCAGUACGAAGUGCUUUGGAGUGACAAUCUGAAUCCACCGAAUACUUUCAGGGGUGAAAGUAAAACUCCACACUUCAACUGGACUAUCACAUACGGGAAUAGCGUUGAUCCAGGCACAUAUUAUACCCAGAUUAUCGUCCGAAGAUUCUUUUACUUUGUGUAUUAUGAAGUGGCGAAGAAAUCGGUUUCCUUUAAUCUGACUAGCCUCCUGAGCGGUGAGAUGCUGUUGACCCAGAACGGAACCCAGUUGGAGUCGGACAAUGAAUACGUUUCUAGUGAAAGCGUUUUGAACCAGACUAUAGUGCUCUCGGAAGGCAAUCAGAAGCUCCUGGAUACGGCUACCUACAUUCGAACGUACUGGUUCGUAAACUGCCAAUACAUUGGGGCUUCUGAUGAGCUGACAAAUUUAAACAAUUUCACUAAGGAAAAUGAAGAAAACACUAUUGAAGCACUGAUAGUAGUGUCAUUCGAUAAGCUACCGGAUCCAACAUCAACUACAACAACAACCACUACAACAACAACUACUACCACUACUACAACGACCACAACCACAACUACGACGACAACAACUCCGAAAACUACAACCAGAACGACAACACCGACACCGCCUACAACAACCUCAACAACACAUGCCCCCGACAACAACACUACUUCGACGACGACAACUACUAAAGCUACUACUAAGCCUAGCAGCCGGCGACGGAAACGGCAAUCGUUCCAGGAAACUAUGGCCAGCAUAAGUCCGGAGUUGCUCAACAUGACCGACCCAAAAAAUAUCAUUAUUGGGGAGCGUAUACCCACUCACCUGCAGGAACAACUACUAAAUUCGGAAGAAGAUCAAUCGGCGCUCCAAGUUCAUGAAAUCAGUAAAAAAUCCGAUCUCACGUUCAACAUCGACGAUUCCCGGCAACCGUUCGUGUGUGGAAACAGUUCUAUGGUUCCACCGGAUCCGAAGAAAAUCUAUGGCCACUUUGUUCGCAAGAUCAUCGUUCAAAAUCCCAUCAACAAAGUGAACGUAACAGGGCAGCAGUGGGUUCAAUCGGGAGAGAUGGUCGAUCUUGUUUUCAGCUGUUCCGGGUCGGCUCCGUUUUCGUUCUGUACCAAGUUGAUUGUCGGUGAUCAAAAUAUUACCCAGAAUAUAACCUGCGAUGGCGGGUGGAAUACUAGGCUAGACAAGUGCAGCUUCCACUAUGUCCGGUACUUCUUUUCCCACGACAAGCGGUCGCUAGUGGUAUUCUUGAAAAAUCACGUUUCCCAGCGAAUAACACAAGUUGGAUUGCAGAUAUACGAGAACCAACAGAAAUCCCAACUGUCGGUGAUAGUGGUCCCGAUUGGGUUCUGUUUGCUGGCCGUGAUCCUGGUGGUGUUUGGCGUAGCGUACUACAUCCAGAAUCGGGAACGCUUCAUUGUCGAGGUGGCUGAUUUUAAUUUCGGCGAUACCAGCUCCCAGGACGAUGACAUGGAGUACAAAACAUUCCAGCAACGGCUGAUCGAUAGCCUAAGGGAAACCGUUCGUUUGCCCCGAUUCCGGUUCGGAUCCGGUGGAAGUGGUGGUGGGGGAGCACAUGACGUGGAUGAUUCCCCCUACGGCGAGAGCUCGCUUCGAUACGGUUCGAUGACUUAGGUGGGAUUAAGUUUUUUUUUCUUUUCGUAAAGAUUUAUAUUAGUUGAUUGAAAUGGUUUUUACAAUGUUGGAUAACUUAAAGUAAUCUCAGAACUGGUUAAUGUGAUUUCUUCCGACAAGCAACUGUCACAAAGCUAUGUUGAAAUGACUGUUCGAGUUUUUCGUGGUCUGGCUUUCUUGCUCCCACAAGCUUAUUUUCUAACAAAUCGGUAUAAUUCCUAACUUGUCAACACUGUUCUCGCCUUGCAGUGCUUUCGUGCCUCUCAAACAACUGCUUGAUAAGGUCUGCACCAACACAUGAUUCCAGAAAUCGCCUGGGUUUCUAUGAAUUCUAAAAGUAGUCAUCCAUUUUGGCAUAUUUAUAAUGUCUGAUCCGCAACUUCCUAAUGUGACUUGCAGAAGCAAAUAUUACAUUAAAAGAUAUCAACAAAAUCCUUAUAACCUGAUAAAUUAUAUAACAUAUAUCUUAACAAAAAACCUUCGUUUGAUCGAAAAUGCAUUUAAUAAUUCAAGUAAGUUGAGAUACGAUUCGUUUUUCAAGACCACGAGAAACUCGAUACAGUUGAAAACAGAACAAGUGGCGUUCACAAAUGCGUCAAGAACAAAUUGCAUGCUUUUUGGAGACUAAAAAAAAUAAAACGGUCCUUCAAUCCUUGAAAAAAAAAAACCGACGACAAACAGGUGUACACGUGUUGGAAUAGAAUCGUGCACCGUCUCUUAUAAUUAGGUUUGCGUUGAACUGUGUGUUGAAAUUUAUUAACAGAAAUGACUAUAAAAAAUGUUGAGCACUUCAGAAAAAUAACCAUUUUUUAACGUUUGAACCAUUUCUAAGCGUGGUAAGCAGACGAACUGAUUGGUGAUUAAUUUGAUUCAAAAAGACUGGCAAUUGAUACUAAAAUUCAGUAUAUGGUUUUUAAUUCUCAAAUCGUACGGUUUAAUUUGCUGGAAUGCUUCUAUCUGCAACUAUUCUAGACUACCUUCAUGUACUGACUAGCAGCAAUAAUCAAAUUUCUUACCACAUCAAGGCAACAUUUGAGAAUAUGAAAAUCAAGUAAAACUUCGGGAAGAUAAUAGAAACUAGCAGCAGCCAUCAGCAUGAAGCUAAUCUUAUGACUAUGAGCAGUCAUUUUUUUCUUUCCGUUCGCUAAAAAUAUAAUUCAAAUCUGUCCACUCUAAGCUAGCCAACAUUUUUUUUUAAACAAAUAUUAGUAAUUAUUGUGAUAUUCGAUUACAUACGGAAAAAACAGAGCUGAUCAUACAAUUAUUUUGAAUCAAUGAACUAUUUGUUCAAGUAUAAUACCCAAAUAUUAUUUUAUUAGGACGUCAAAUUGUAAAUAUUCUGUCCCGGUAAUACAAGUUGCGAUAUUCCAUAUUGAUGAAUAUUUUUAAGUAAGUAUAACUUUUUAUUUGAAGCAAGAUAAACGCAAAACCCGAUUGAAGCUAACGCGCUAAACUUUUACGAAUGAAGGAAGGCAAACGGCAUAGAUAAAUAAAUGAACAAACACAGAAAACCUAUAGAAAAUUAUGGAAGAUAGUAAUCCCAAUUCGCUAGAAAACUAUACUGAAAAGAAGUUGAGUGAAAAUGCUAUAUUAUUUAAACAAAAUUGUUAUCAAUCUUGUUUCCCUUAUCGGCGACCGUGAUAUUUCCAUUUCGAAUAUUUUUUUUUAAUUUGAACAUUUUUCAGUGGUUUUUUAAGGCUUGCUAAAAAAAGAUCCCAUUAUUGGUAUAUGUAACUAAAAGUUCAAUAAAUAAUGAAACUUAAA